CCAUACCAGCAGUCGUGGAGAGACAAGCUGUGUUAGUUUCUCUCCUAAAGUGAUUUUUUAACAUACUGCUGCUGCUGCUGUUGCUGUUGUUUGCAGUAGCCCAAGAAAAGCCUGCGAGAAAGGACCGUUUAAUUCUCUCACUCGUUAAAAGUUUUUAAAUUGUUUUGUAUUUUUAAAAUCGGUUAAUCCUUUCACUUAAAUAAAAUAAUUAGUGUGUUUUUUUUUUUUAAGUGAUAAUUAAUUGUGACAAUUAUUCAUUUGAAUAAUAUCUUGUGCGAUGAUGUUAUACACUCUAAUCUAUAAAACUGGUUGAUAAAACUUUUGAAAUAAUAAUAACUUUAGAUCUGGUUCGGUAUAACUCUGAUUUAUUGUAUAGAAUACGUACAUAAUAGCCGUAACAAUAAUAAUAAUAAUGACAAUAGUAACUGUAAAGAAGUAUAAAAGGGAUGAGAAUAGCCUAAAGUACCUUGCACCCCCUUGACAUUUAGCCCAAGUGGUGCACCCCAAUUGAUAUAAUAGUGAAAUUAAUAUAAUAAUGGAUCAAGAGUCAUCUCAAUUACGAUCGAGUACUUUGCUCGAAGAAACAUUUUACAUAACGUCCAAGAAGAACACCUAUUACCGAGUAAAGCUUACGGAAAAAGGCUUGAGUUUAGAAAAAGAAAGUAAUGGUGGUACUAAAACCGAGACAAUUGCUCUUAGCGACAUAAUUGGCUGUAGGUGUAUGAGAUCAAAACGCCGAAAUACCGGGAGCUGCGCUUGCCGUCCAACUAUUUCAAAGCCUCAGAUGAGAGAUGUUGAGUUCAACGAUACAUAUCAUGGAUGGGAUCAGCUGGACACUUCGGCUUAUUUGUAUAUUUAUGCGUACACACUAAAAAAAGCACGUGUAAAAGGAGCUCCAAGACGCGAGCGUACGACAAUUACCCUGAGAUUUCGGAGCUUUGAUAAAUAUCAGGACAAUCUUCGGGAAGCCAGCAGAUGGAGGCUUGCUAUUAAAUGUUUAAUUAAUAAAAUUCCAAUUCCUAAAAAUUUAAUGAGUCCGAGCCAUGGGAAUUUGGAUACUUUAUUAAAAGCAUGUUCAAGCGAAGAAAAAAAACUUUUAGUUCUCUUAAAUCCAAAGUCUGGACCUGGGCGGAGUCGUGAAAUCUUUCAAAGGCGAGUUCAUCCAAUAUUAUCUGAAGCAGAAAAACUAUACGAAGUUCACGUAACUAAAUGUCAAAAUUACGCGAGAGAUUUUAUAAGAACACGAAAUAUUUAUCAGUGGAGCGGAAUAUUAUGUGUGGGAGGCGACGGAGUUGUUUUUGAAGUUAUAAAUGGUCUUUUAGAAAGACCAGAUUGGAAACGUGCGUUAGAAGAGCUUCCUCUUGGAAUAAUUCCGUGUGGAUCUGGUAACGGUUUAGCGAAAUCAAUUGCAUACGCUAAGCAAGAACCUUACGAUUCAAAUCCAUUUCUUAUUAGUGCAUUAUCAGUGGUUAAAAAUAAGUACAGUCCAAUUGAUUUAGUACGAAUUGAAACAAGAAGCCAGAUUCUUUAUUCAUUUCUAUCAGUAGGCUGGGGCUUGAUCGCGGACAUUGACAUCGAGAGUGAGAGGCUCAGAGCUAUUGGUGGGCAACGUUUUACUAUUUGGAGUAUAGCCAGGCUUAUAGGUCUUCGUGUUUAUAAAGGAACCGUUUCAUAUUUACCUUGUGAUAAUAAGGUACAAAUACCGAGUAUAAAUGAAAAUAAAUCAAAUGGAACUUAUUUAUAUGAGACUAAAUCUUACAAUGAUAAUAAUGGCACUGGGAUUAUUAAAAGUAAUCAUGAUAUUAUAACUCAUUCGAAAAGUUACGGCGACGACCUUGAUCGCAGUUAUUGUGAUGGAGUUAAAGAAUCAAAAAGUUACCAUGAUGUCCUUGACUCCGUAACAAGCGAUUUAGGAGACAUAUAUUUAGACGAUGAUAAUAAUGAAAUAGUUGGUGAAAAUUUAUCGCUUGAAACUGAAGUUCAAACUCGAACUAGAUUGGAUAGUUUUUAUUCAGCUACUUCUAGAAAAUCUACUUAUUAUAGUACUGGUUCUGCUUCUAGUUAUCAUAGUAUGGAAGACAGUAGUAGUUUAACACCAGAUGGCGAGGAGAAUACUGUAAAUAAUAGAUGUGUAUACGGGCCAUCGUCAAGUCUUCCCGCUUUGACGGCACAACUUCCCAGCGGGUGGACACAAAUAAAAGGAGAAUUUGUAGCUGUUCAUGCAAGUUAUCAAUCACACAUCGGUGAAGAUGGAUUUAUUGCUCCAAGAGCUAAACUUGAUGAUGGAAUAAUAUGGCUUUUAAUUAUCAAAGCUGGAAUAACGAGAGCUAAUCUCCUUCAGUUUCUCCUCGGUUUAAACGCUGGUACUCAUUUAACUAGUACCGGAGUGGAUAUGAUUCCUGUAAAAGCAUUUCGUAUUGAACCAGAGACAAGUACGACUGGUAAUAUGACUGUUGAUGGAGAAAAAGUUGAUUAUGGCCCGCUACAAGCCGAGGUCUUUUCAUCUAUGGCGACAGUCAUGAGUCCUUGACGAGAACCUUGAAAAAAACCUUAGUUUCUCUAAACUUACAUAUUUAUGGCAUUUCCAAAAAAAUAUUCCAAUGAAUAUUUAGAUCUUACUUUAAAUAAAUAUUCAAUU